GGGUGCAAACGAGAAGAAGAAAUGAAGAAAGAAGAGCUGAACUCAACAGAGCCCGAGCAGUCUCCUCUCUAUCGAAGGUUAGCGGAGCAGCACUCGAAGAUUGACUAUAGCCUGCAUGUCAUACUGGAGGAGAUUGUUUCGCUGAAGGCCCAAGCAGCGGAAGAGAAGGACCUCAAUGUGUUGAUGGUUCAGUUUAUUGUGUUGGCUGUGAAGCUGCUGACAGACGCGUCGUUUAAUAAGGAGAAGGUUGAAGAUGUACUGCCGGUCUUAGAGGCAGAGUUUCAGCGCAUGCAGCUGGCUAGUCGUCAUCCGCGUCUUCUUUCUUCUUUUAAUCGAAUAAGAGAAGCAUGUGGUAAGCCCCCUUUAAAGGGGAGUGAAGUAGCACCAGCUGCUGCAGCAGAGGAAGAAAAAGAAGCUGCUGCUGCUGCUGAGCCGGUACUUGUUGUUGCUGCUCCUGCAUCAGCAGCAGCACCUGAAGCAGCAGAAGCAGCAGCAGCAGCAAUAGCAGCAGCAGCAGCAGCAGCAGCAGCAGCAGACUAUCAGGAGAAGGAUUUGUCUGCUUCUCCUCUAUCUUCAUCUCCAUCUAAUGCAUUAUCUCCUUCAAAACGCUACGGACUUGUUGAUGAGUCCGAAGAAGAAAGACAGAGACAAAGCAAAAGCCCUUCGGCUGCUGCUCAGGAUAGCAGCAGCAACAGCAGCAGCAACAGCAGCAGAAGCAGCAGCACAAGCCUACAGCCAGCCCUUCCUGCUGCUGCAGAUGCUGCUGCUGCAGAUGUCGCUGCUGCAGAUGCCCCCGCUGCUGCAGAUGAUGCUGCUGCAGAUGAUGCUGCUGCAGUUCCUGCUGCUGCAGCUCGUGCUGCUGCAGCUCCUGCUGCUGCCGAUUGGCCCCGGGAGUCGAUGUUUACUACGGGGGAGAGGAGAAGAACAGCAACAGCAAUAGGAGAUGAAGCAACAAUAAAAGAGAAGCAGCAAAAGGACAAGCAGCAGCAGCAGCAGCAGCAGCACCUGCGCCAGAGACAGCAGCAAAAUGCUCAACGAGAGAUGCUGCAAAAUGAAACGGCAGCAAAAGAAGAACAAACCACAGAAGAAGAAGAAGGCAGCAGCAGCAGCAGCAGCAGCAGCAGCAGCAGCAGCAGCAGCAGCAGCAGUGAGGCAAAUGUGUUGUAUUCACAAUCCACCGGCCUGCAGCAGCAGCAGCAACAGCAGCAGCAGCAGCAACGGAGACAACAACAGCUCCUGCGGAAGCCCCCCAGCCGAACGCAUUCAUCUGGAGUUGAGACAGCAGCAGCAGAAGCAGCAGCAGCAGCAGCAGCAGCAGCAGCAGCAGAGGAAUCUGGAGCAGCAAUGAAAGCAAUGAGUUCUUUAGGAGACAGCGGGUCUUGUGAAUAUUUAUUAAAACAUGCAGCAACAAUAAUCUCAAUGUCUCCGAUGGAGUUGCAGGCUGCGCUGCUGCGCACCUGCCAGGGAGCUAAGUCCGAUGGUGCGCUGCAGCAGCAGCAGCAGCAGCAGCAGCAGCAGCGGCUGGGGGUUCACAGAGGAAGAGACGAAUUUUGUCUUCGCGUUGACUCUGAAGGACCCUUAACUCCAAUGCCGUCGCUUGCUCUCUUUCCUGCUGCUCCUGACGCCACCCCACAGCAGCAGCAGCAGCAGCAGCAGCAGCAGCAGCAGGGAGUGACGGGGGAAGCAGCAAGAGCUGAGGAAGGCAAAACAUCUGACCGCAGCAGUGUAAAAGCUGCAGCAGCAGCAGCAGCUGCUGCUGCUGCUGCUGCAGGUCAGAAGUGCGGUGAUGCUGUCGCUGCUCCUCUUGACAAAGGCAACAGCAGCAGCAGCAACAGCAGCAGCAACAGCAGCAGUUCUUCUCCUUUGAAGCCGAUGUCUCAGGAUAAUAUUGACUGGUAUAGCUUGGGGUGUACAGACACUGCAGAAGCACUGCAACGCCUCGCGCCGCCUGUGGGAGGCCUCGUAGCACCUGCUUCAUCUCCAGAAGCUUUAGCGCAUGCACAGCAGCCGCUGCAGCAGCUGCAGCAGCAACUGCAGCAGCAACUGCAGCAGCAAGCUCUCUACUGCUCACCAGAUAAACUCAACGUUAAUGCACAGCAGCAGCAGCAACAGCAACAAAUCCAACACCAACUCCAGGAGCAACUGCAGCAGCAGCUGCAGCAGCAACUGCUCCUACAGCAGCAGCAGCAGCAGCAGCAAGUGUGGAGGGAUUUCUUCACCGCUGCAGCGGCAUCUGCUGCGCAGCGGCGAGGACAGCAGCAGCAGCAGCAGCAGCAGGCUUACCCCUUUUCUGUUUAUACGCCUCCAGGUUUGUCUUUUGCUGGGGAAACAGAUGCAGGGAUGCAGCAGCAGCAGCAGCAGCAAGACCAGCAGCAGCAGCAGCAGCAGCAGCAGCAGGUCGGGGGUGGUAUUCCUCUAGUUCAAUCUGUUCAAGGGUUUUGCUUGCCUCCUAUUCGUAUUGCUACAAGUGCAAGAGGUGCAGCAGCAAAAGGAGGUAGCCGUGUACAAGGGAGUACGGUGCAGCUGCUGCAGUGCAUGCAGCCCCGGUUCCAGCAGCAGCAGCAGCAGCAACAGCUACUGCUGCAGCUGCUGCAGCAGCAGCAGCAGCAACUGCAACAGCAGCAGAGAGGCAACAGCAGCGGCAGCGGUGCUGCUUUUGAAACCCCAAGGGCAACAACAGGGUGGCUUUGCUGCAGGACUAACUCCAGCAGCAGCCCCAACAAAGACAGCAGCAGCAGCAGCAGCAGCAGCAGCAGCAAGAAACAAAUGCAUAAACAGAUACGCAAGACGAGAGACAGCAGCAGCAACGCAUAA